UUAUUCUAUGGCAAGAUACAUUUUGCAGUGGUGAGAGAUCAAAAGUCGAUAAUAUCGGAGUUUAAUAGUUUAAACUUUUUUUUAAAAUACGAUUGGUGCAUUGCACAUUGAUACAAGAUAGUGUAAUAAUAAUCAGUGUUUGUGUUUGUUUGUGUUUUUAUUAUAUUCAUCAGACAUUAUAAAUAAUAUUUCAUUGUUGACAAUAAUCAUUUUUUAAUUGAAAAAAUGAAUUAUUUCAAAUUGAUUACCAUACUGGCUGUGAUUGGUGUAACCGUUGUAAGAGGUCAACAAUCAGACGAUGAUGUUGAUGAUAUUAUCGGAUCGAUUUUUAAUUUAACUGAUACGAAUGGUAACGGUGGCGACGUUGUUGAACCACCCAAAAAUAUAAUAUGUGUACCAUAUAAUUUAUGUGAUGGUGAAACUAAUAAAGUAAUCACGGAUGGAUCAACAGACGGUGCAUUUUUAAUUGAUAUUAGAUUUGGUGAACAAAAAUGUGAACAUUAUUUAGAAGUGCCGUGUGAAGCACCAGAUGGGUAUCAAGUACCCACAUCAACACAAACACCACCAGUUACUCAACCAACAAAGCCAAUACCAACCGUUCCACCGCCACGAUGUGGUACACGUAAUGUUAAAGGUGUAGGUUUUGAAGUGACUGGUACCACUGAUGAAGCUCAAUUUGGUGAAUUCCCAUGGAUGACAGCUGUAUUAAAAAAAGAUUGGGUACCAUCUACAAAGGAUACAUUAGCACAAUGUGGUGGUUCCAUAAUUCAUCCACAAGUUAUAUUGACUGGUGCUCACUGUGUUAAUGGACAUACCGCAAAUGAAUUAAAAGUACGUGCAGGUGAAUGGGACACGCAAACUACACGUGAAGCUUUACCAUAUCAAGAAGUUGAUGUAGAACGGAUAAUUUCCCAUGAAAAAUUCAACAAAUUAACAUUAGUAAAUGAUAUGGCAUUAUUAAUAUUAAAGACACCAUUACGAUUAGAUCGUCAUAUAUCAACAAUAUGUUUACCAAAACAAAAUCAAGUAUUUACUCAAGAAAAUUGCGUUGCCACUGGUUGGGGUAAAGAUGUUUUCGGAAUUGAAGGUAAAUACCAAGUGAUCUUAAAACGAAUUGAAUUACCAAUGGUCGAUAAUCGAAAUUGUCAACGUGCAUUACGAACAACACGAUUGGGAAAUGGCUUCAAAUUAGAUCCAUCAUUCGUUUGCGCUGGUGGUGUUGCAGGAAAAGAUACAUGUCUGGGUGAUGGUGGAAGUCCUUUAGUAUGUCCAAGUAGUAAUGGACAAUAUGAACAAGCAGGUAUUGUUGCAUGGGGUAUCGGAUGUGGUGAAGAUGGUAUUCCAGGUGUUUAUGGAAAUGUUGCUGCAUUCAGAAAUUGGGUUGAUGGUCAUAUGAGUCGUUUAGGAUAUGGAACUAGUUCUUAUGAAAACUGAAAGAAAAUGAAACUUUUGUAAAUAAAUUAAGUUAUACUUUAAGUAAAAUUUUUUAUCG